UUCACUAUUACUUCAUGCUCAUCUGUUCAUUUUACUUAUGUGUUUAGUGUCUACAACACAGCUUUAGCUGUGACAGUCGCAUUGUAAUCGGACAUAUACGUAAUGUAAUAUCUCGGGGCUCAUGUUUGGGGAAAGGGACUUACAUUUUAACUAACGUUACUCCAUCUGUAAAAAUGCGACAUACACGUGAGCUGACAUUUACGAUACUCAUGAGAGCGUGUGCCACAGCUUCAAAGACCGAGACCGUCGCUUCUAACGGGAAAACAGGACUUAAAGCAGCAGAUAUCGCGAACAGACUCCGGAGUGAAAAGGAAAAACGUCAAACAGAUGACAAAAAAGAGGUUCCGGGGUCACCUCUACAAAACAGAGUAAAUGAACUCAAACAGUUCACUCAGCAACUACAGUCUGUUCACCCCAGUGUGCUCGCAAAAGCUCUUUACAGGGGCAUCCUUUAUCAAGACCAAAACAUAAUCGCCAUAAAUAAACCAUAUGGUGUGCCUCUGCAUAAUGUAGAUGGCGUCAGAAACAGCAUUGUUGAAUGUCUGCCUUUGCUGGCAAAGAUAACUGAUGGCAUGCAGGCAGGUUCGCAGCUGCAUCUUUGCCAUAGUCUGGAAAAAGAAAAUACUGGUGUUUUGAUCCUGGCUAAAACAGAAGAAGCUGCUGAACAUGUCCAAACACUCAUCAAAUCACAUAAAGUGGAAAGGAAAUACUUGGCGGUCACUGUAGGGGUGCCUGUUCCAUCCGAGGGAGUGAUUGACAUUCCCAUUAUAGAGAAGGAAGUCAUGGGACCUCAGCCGCACUUUAAGAUGGGUCUGAGCCCAUUGUUUAAAGUGAGUGAGGAGGGAGAUGGAGUGACCAGGGUGAGAGCUCAUCGGCAGGCACAGAGCGCAGUAACGCAGUAUCGGGUUCUGGACAGCACCAGCGGCUGCAGCUUAGUGGAACUGCAGCCUGUUACAGGUGUGAAAAACCAACUUCGAGUGCACAUGGCUCUUGCUUUGACCUGCCCCAUUCUUGGAGACCACAAAUAUGCUCACUGGAACAAAUUAGCACCACAGAAGCUGCCAGAGGGCAUACUGCGACGGCUGGGCCUGGUGCAGAGUAAAACACGAUACCUCCCUCUUCACCUGCACUCCCGAAGGAUCGUUCUGCCGGGGGUCAAAGGUCACAGUGACAUUACAGUGUCCUGUCCCCUUCCUAAAUACUUCACCAACACCUUGAAGAGACUACAGAUCCCACUACCUGGAAAAGAAUGAUGGAUCACAGCUAGUUAUUCCUAGUAAAGUAUUACAGCUAGUAAAGUAUUACAUUUGUAUUGAGAGGAUGAAGAGGAAUGGUUUGGACUUUGACUGUGAAAAAAGGUCAUGUACAAACCAGACAUUUUAUUAUUGUGUAUUCUGAAGGUUUUCUGCCCAGACUUUGUAAUAAAAGACUAAUAAAACUGUUGAAUAUUGACUCACUUGUAAAAAAAAAAAAAAAGUGAUGACUGUGUAAAUUAGGGAUCACAAUAUAUAUGUGACCCUGGACCACAAAACCAUAAUGAUCAGUUUUUUUAAAUUGAGACCUAUAGAUCAUCUGAAAGCUGAAUAAAAAAUCUUUCCACUGAUGUAUGGUUGUUAGGAUAGGACAAUAU